AUGGGUAACGAUAACAGUAAGAAAAUCCAGGUGGAGGGGGAGAAAAAAAUAUCUAAGCAACCGGUCAAUUUUCUGCCCCAAGGUAAAUGGUUGAAGCCAAAUGAAAUCGAGUAUGAGUUCGGCGGAACUGCCGGUGUUAUUGGUAUGGUAAUCGGCUUCCCAUUAUUGAUGUAUUACAUGUGGAUUUGUGCAGAAUUUUAUCAUGGAAAAAUUGCCCUACCCAAGGCAGGUGAAUCCUGGAUGCACUUCGUCAAGCAUCUAUAUCAAUUGUUCUUGGAAAACGGUGUCCCAGAAAAGUACGAUUGGACUAUUUUCUUGACAUUUUGGGCGUUCCAGAUAAUUUUCUACUACACAUUACCUGGUAUCUGGACCAAAGGUCAACCUUUGUCUCAUUUGAAGGGCAAACAGUUGCCUUACUUCUGUAACGCUAUGUGGACCUUAUAUGUUUCUACCACUUUGAUCUUAGUUUUGCACUUUACCCAUCUUUUUAGAUUGUAUGUUAUCAUUGACCGCUUUGGUAAGAUCAUGACAUGUGCCAUUAUUUCUGGUUUCGCUUUCUCCAUCAUACUUUACUUAUGGACGUUAUUUAUUUCUCAUGAUUAUCAUAGAAUGACAGGAAACCAUCUUUACGAUUUCUUUAUGGGAGCUCCACUAAACCCUCGUUGGGGAAUUCUAGAUUUGAAGAUGUUUUUCGAAGUUAGGUUACCAUGGUUUACCCUUUAUUUUAUCACUUUAGGUGCUUGUUUAAAGCAAUGGGAAACUUUCGGCUACGUGACUCCACAGUUGGGUGUUGUCAUGCUAGCGCACUGGUUGUACGCCAAUGCAUGUGCCAAAGGUGAAGAACUAAUUGUUCCAACUUGGGACAUGGCUUACGAGAAAUUCGGAUUUAUGUUAAUCUUUUGGAACAUUGCGGGUGUACCAUACACCUACUGUCACUGUACUUUAUAUUUGUACUAUCACGACCCAUCUGAAUAUCGCUGGUCAACAUUAUAUAAUGUUUCAUUGUAUGUUGUCCUAUUAUGCGCUUACUACUUCUUCGACACGGCUAAUGCCCAGAAAAAUUCCUUUAGAAAGCAGAUGUCCGGUGAUAAGACUGUUAGAAAGACUUUCCCAUUUUUGCCAUACCAAGUAUUGAAGAAUCCAAAGUACAUGGUAACCUCCAAUGGCUCGUAUCUAUUAAUUGAUGGUUGGUAUACUUGGGCAAGAAAAAUUCAUUACACAGCUGACUGGACCCAAUCUCUAAUUUGGGCCUUGUCUUGUGGUUUCAAUUCAGUAUUCCCAUGGUUUUUCCCAGCGUUCUUCCUUGUUGUUCUGGUUCAUAGAGCUUUUAGGGAUCAAGCCAAAUGCAAGAGAAAGUACGGAAAGGAUUGGGACGAAUAUUGUAAGCACUGUCCUUAUGUAUUCAUUCCCUACAUCUUCUAG